AUGCUGACCGAGGUGAAGCGCGACAACUUCAAGUCGUUCUGGGACAAGUACUCAGAUACGCCCGAUAAUACGGCAAUGAUGCUGAACAAUAACGCUGGUACGCUGGAGGAGGAUGACCGUCGUGACAUUUUGUCCUCGCUGCCCGACGUCACCAACAAGGAUGCCGUUGAUAUUGGGGCUGGAAUUGGCCGUUUCACCACCGUACUUGCCCAAACUGCUCGCUGGGUGCUCACCACCGACUUCAUCGACUCGUUCAUCAAGAAGAACAAGGAACGAAAUGCCCAAUUCGACAAUGUUCACUACCAAGUUGGUGACGCUGUCCAUCUACGGAUGGAGGAUUCAAGUGUUGACCUCGUGUUCACGAACUGGCUGAUGAUGUACCUCUCCGACCGGGAGGUGAUCGAGUUCCUGAUGAGUGCAAUGCGCUGGUCCCGCCCAAAUGGUUGUGUUCAUCUACGGGAGAGCUGCACAGAGCCCAGCACCGGGAGGACCACCGGAAAUACGCUGCAUAAUCAUGCAGAGGCCAAUCCCACUCACUACAGGGAUGCGUCGUUGUAUAUCAAGUUGUUGAAGGAGUUCCGCUAUCGCGAUGCCGAGGGCAAACUCUGGCGUUUCGACGUCCUCUGGUCGUGCUCGGUGCCAACGUACAUCAAGCGCAUGCAAAAUUGGCGCCAAGUGCACUGGUUGGCGAAGAAGGUGCCGGCUGAGGAGGGAGAGGAGAAAUCCUUUGACGACUACCUGGAGCUGUUCUCCAUCACCUGGCAGGACAUCCAGAACUCGUGGAAUGAGGAGCUGGAGCCGGAGCAGCACGUGUGGACCGAUCAGAUUUUCGAUACAGUGCUUGGAACAGAUGCCGUUCCGGAAGGCUCCACUGCCUACGUCUAUACCCCGAGGGUCAUCAGCCCGUAUUGCCAUGUUGAUAGCCAUCGCAUUGCACAGAAGCUGUCUUCCAAUGUAUGGAACGUCGAGCUCGACCCUUACUACUACACCACCUCCCUCACCCGGGCCAACACCGUCAAGGACAAGCGAGUCCGAUACGGCUGGAAUGAGAAUCUCCAGGCUUCAGUAGACUACUGGAAACAGCGAGGCGGAGACUUCAACGCCCUCGUCGCCACUGAACUCCUUGCCACCAAUGAUGCACAGUCGAUCCGGGAUCUGGUGUCAAUCCUCAACCCCUCGGCCAAGGCAUUCCUCCUCGAGCCCGUCGAAUCGAUCGACAAGGACGAGCUAUCCAAGAAGCUAACGGAAUCCGGCUUCAAAACCUUCGAGAUCACCGACAUCACCGAUGAUGCGCUGCACGCCCAGCGCGCCUAUUUUGAGGCCCACAAAAAGCCCGCCGAGGUCGUCGGCAAGCACUGGGUGCUCAUCGAGGCCACCCUG